AAGCCGGCAAAAUUUCAUUUCGUCGUCAGAGCCAGUCAAGUUCCGAAGUGAUUGCGCUAGCUGCUGAGCGUGCAAGUGCGUGUUUUACCAAAGAAAAGUACAAACUUUUUCUAGUUUUUAAGUGCUUGUUAAUCAAUCUUAAGUUGAAAGUGAAUUUCGGCUGUGAACUCGUUAGAAUAGAAACGCGUGCAAAAGUGCCGGAAAAUUGUGAAAGUGGGCGUUGCUUGAAGGACAAAACACGUUCCAAAAUCCGCACAAGCAACAAAACUUCGGCAACAGGAAGACGAAGAAGAGACACUGACUUGGAAGCUUGAAGCAGAACAAGGAGAUAAUCCGGAAUCUUAACGUAGCGCAGAAGAAGCAGAAGAGAAGCAACAGUAUAAUAAUCCGUCCGAAGAAGAGUCCUUUCCUCUGGAUCCCCACCGGACGACGGUCCAUGCAUAACCAGGCCGCCGCCCCGUCCUAGGACAUGGCAACACUGACGACGUUCCCGCAACGACGUCGACGACUGUUUGAAUCGAUACAGAGCACGACCUGCUGCAGCACCACCGCUCGCCGCUUCAUCCCGCCACAACAUCAUCGUCAGCCUUCACGCAGCACCACCGUCGUCUGCUGCUAGCAUCGGUAGCUGCCUGACUGGACCAGAACCAGAACCAGGACCAGGACCAGAAAAAGACUCGCAAAUAACUUGCGCCCUGUGCCAGUUUGGCAAAGUACCAAAAAUAUUAAUACCACUGGCCAACCACCAGCAUUCGGAACGCGAAUACUUCUCGGCCGGCCGAGAGUGUCCUGGUGUACACACCCCGCCCGCCCCGUCAUCAUCAUCCUGCCACCGCGGCAAGCGAAACCAAAGGAACAAAACCCUAAAAAACGAGAACCCGCUCGUUCCCCCCACGUGUGCUGUGCAGGUCGGUCGGAGUAGUGUACAUGUGUGCGGUCGCCCUGCUGCUUCCGCACUGCACCUUCGUCGUUAAGGAAAAAGCUCUACCCCCGCCACCACCUUCGAUAGCAUCAGCCGCGAUCCGGUUUUUGCGGUAGCGGAUAAUUUGGAUCGAAAUCAAAUUUCAAUCUAGGACAACACUCUCGAACGGUUGCUUCUCGGGAAAAGCCGAGAAAAGAAAAGAAAAACACGGCCGGACGGACGGACACGGCAAUCUCUAAGCCACUCUAGCAGCAGAAAAUGACAUCGACACAGGCGAAUCGGGAAUUUGUCGAAGGAUGGACACUGGCCCAGACCCUCGGGGAGGGUGCCUACGGGGAAGUGAAACUGCUCAUCAACCGCCAGUCGGGUGAGGCCGUCGCGAUGAAGAUGGUCGAUCUGAAAAAGCAUCCGGACGCGGAAAGCUCGGUCAAGAAGGAAGUCUGCAUCCAGAAGAUCCUGCAGCAUCCGAACAUUCUGAAGUUCUUCGGCAAACGGACCCAGGGCGAUAUCGAGUACAUCUUUCUGGAGUACGCCUCCGGCGGCGAGCUGUUCGAUCGGAUAGAACCGGACGUCGGAAUGCCCAUCCCGGAAGCGCAGCGGUACUUCAACCAACUGCUGUCCGGUGUGGAUUAUCUGCACACCCGGGGCGUAGCCCAUCGGGACCUGAAGCCAGAAAACCUCCUCCUAGAUGAACACGACAACGUCAAAAUCUCCGACUUUGGCAUGGCCACCAUGUUUAGAAUGAAAGGUCGGGAACGACUGCUGGACAAGAAAUGCGGCACCCUGCCGUACGUGGCACCCGAGGUGCUAGUGAAACCUUAUCAGGCCACCCCCGCCGAUAUCUGGUCCUGCGGAAUCAUUCUAGUCACGAUGCUGGCCGGUGAACUACCAUGGGAUCAACCGUCAUCGGCCUGUCAGGAGUAUCUCUGCUGGAAGGAGAACAAAUACACAACGGCAACACCCUGGAGCAAACUGGACACCCUAACGUUGUCGCUGCUGCGGAAGAUCCUGGUGCCAAACCCAUCGCAGCGGCUAACGCUGGACAAAAUCCAAGACCACAAGUGGUGCCAGAUGCAGUUCAACCAUAACAGUCAAGGUCUCUCUGACAACGGCGCCCUCGGACGGGACGUGGUCGACGGAGUCGUAUCACCACGUGCCAAGCGCCUCUGUUCCAACCAAAACCUAUCCACCCCGCUGGACGAUUCCACCUCUCGGAUGUGCCAGUCCCAACCGGUACCUACUACCAUCGCCCACUCCGAAGUCCUGCACGGCGUCGAGGAAGCCCUCGAAGCGCGGAAUGGGUUUUGCUUCUCGCAACCCACCAUGCUGGAUGAUCUGAUCCUGUGUACCCAGAUGAAUCCCACCCAGUCGGUGGGAGCCACCCAGUCGAAUAAUCCCUUCCAGCGGUUGGUUCGGCGCAUGACGAGGUUUUUCGUUUCCACCAAGUGCGACGAAACGCUGAAACGGCUGACGACCACCUUCGAGAAGCUGGGCUACAGCUGGAAGUGCAACGACGAUGCACUGAUCACCAUCUCGACGAUCGACCGCCGGAAGCUGCAGCUGAUCUUCAAGGCGAACAUCGUGGAAAUGGACGGCCGGAUCCUGUGCGAUUUCCGGCUCUCGAAGGGAUGCGGUCUGGAGUUCAAACGACGCUUCAUCCGGAUCAAGCAGAGCCUGGCCGAUAUUGUGAUGAAGGGCCCCGUGACGUGGCCCAUUGCCAUUGCUACCAAUUCUGUGCCUUAGACGGGGGAAACCCCUUGGAAUCAUUUGGGUAAGGACGAAUCAAACCAAACACUGCCGCCAAGUAUUUUUGUGUGAAGAAGCUAUCAUUUUCACGGGUCGCGUUCGAAGUGACGAAAAACACGGUAGAAGUUCUAAAAGGCCGAAGUUUAUACAUUUCUGUCCCUUUUAGUUUUGAUUUCUGAAACUCUUUUGUUUUACUAGAUUCCAGAACCUCGAAACGUUAGCAUCUUAGUUUCAAAGUUGAAAUAUGUUUAUGUUUUCAUUUCCCCCUCUUUCUUUAUUAUUUUACGCCGAGCGAACAAAUACGCGGUAAUAUAAAUCAUUGGAUUGUGAGUGUCCUCAUCAUUAUUAUUUUUUUCUGUUUCGGUAUACGAAAAACGUCAAUCGGCGGCUAGCCAUAGAUAGAAAAAUAAGAGCAAAAAUGAUGAAUUUAGAGAAAGCUGAUUGGAACCUAUUGGAACUUAAUUCUGUUUUCCUUUUCUGCUUUUGUUAGUUUUUGACAACAUUUACUCAGAAAUCUCGCUCAAAGAGGAAUAGUUUUCUACGAUGCACAUUAUUGAUCUGCUGAAUUAAAUACUGUUUUGUACAAAAAUGUAAAACAUUUUGA